ACUUAUUUACAAAAAAAAAUUGACAGCUAGAAUUUGUUGCAAUUCUUGUUUUCUUGUAAAAACAAAUGAAAAAGUAAUUAAAAAAAUUUUUAAAAAUCUACUGUAAAAUGCUACAAGUGGCUCAUCCUUCUAGUAAUGCCUUUCACAACAUCAAAUGCGGUGAAAUCUUUUGUAUUCCACCAGCAGUUUACAAUGUUACUUGCUGUCUGUGUAACAUCAACAUCCAUUACGACCAGUUUCCUAGUCACUUUCAGAUGCAACAUCUUAUGCUGGCGGAGGAGAGUAUAAAUUUAGAAGAAUUGGAACUCAAAAGGCGUGUUAAAUUGGCUAAAGAUGCCUCUUUAUUAGAUAAUAUGACCAUCAAAGAAGAGGAUCCCCAAGAUGAUCCUUUAAAACAAGAAGAUCUAGUAAAACGAGAGGAAGAGGAGUCUUUUAGCAAACAUGAAAAUAAAAAGGAAGAAUUUCCAAAAGUGACGGAAGCUGGUGAUAUAGAUAUUGCUGAUAAAAUAAAGGUUGAGAAAGUUGUAGAGCUAAAACGAAAUACUAGAAAUUCAAGGAAGAAAAAUAAGAAAUCAAAAACUGUAAAAGUAGAGGAAAAGCCUGGGGUGGAACAAUUAAAUAAAUUAAACUUAAACGUUGAAAAGGAAACUAAUAACGAAAUGACAACACAAUUAAUUGAAGAAGUGAAGGAGUUGAAAGAAGUGAGUGAUGGUGAUGAUGUAGCUGUCAAAUUAAAGGAACACAUUAAGGUGGUGCGAAAACGAAGUACUAGAGGUACUAGGAAGAGUAAUAAUAAAAAAUUGAAUGCUGUAAAGAUAGAUAAAAAACAGGAGAUAGAAAAUUUAAAUGAUUUAAGUAAAGGUUUAGGAAAAGAAACCCAUAAUGAAGUAACGCAAUUAAAACAAGAACAAAGGGAUUUGAACGAAGAAUAUGAUAGUGAUGAUAUUGAUAUGGAUCGAGACUGGUCAUUUGAUGAUAAAAUGUGUGAUAUAGAUUCUGAUCUCGAUGAUCAAAAUAACAAAAGAGAUAAACGUACCUUUUCCUGCCACACUUGUAAUCGUUCAUAUACUUCCAAGAAUGGAUUAAAUAAGCACAACUACACUGUUCACAAUAUGCCCAAACCACCCAAAGUCGAAUACAAAUGUGAUGAGUGUAAUGAAGUUUUUUAUUCCGAACGUCUUUUGCGCGGCCAUAAAUAUAAACAUACUGGCAUAUUUUGCGAUAUUUGUGGUAAAACUUUUACACAAUCGAGUAAUAUGUUAAAUCACAAGAUCCGUCAUACCGGCGUAAAGGCCCACAAGUGCAAAGAAUGUGAUAAGGAAUUCUUUACUAACAGAGAACUCAAAUCCCAUAUGAUCUGUCAUACGGGCCUGCCAGUAAUAUGCGAAAUAUGCGGCAAAAGAUGUAGACAUCGUGGUAUACUAAAGGCUCACAUGCGAAGACAUACGGGUGAAAGGCCCUUCAAAUGUGAUGUUUGUGGUAAGUGUUUCUUUUCGUUACAUGACCUUAACGUACACGCUGUUGCGCACACCACUGACCGGCCAUUUAAGUGUGAUAUCUGUGGUUCAACAUUUCAACGACGUAAAGCUUUGCGUAUUCACAAACUUAUACAUUCGAAAGAUCGUAAGCAUGUGUGUAAAAUAUGUGGCAAAGGUUUUGCUCAAUCCGGUGGUCUCAACUCGCAUAUGCGUUCACAUGAUUUAGAGAAACUUGGCAAUGAAGUGGCACCACUGGCUCUAUUGCCGAUACAAAUGCAGGCAAUGGAAAAUACUCAAGCGGAGGGUACAAUAACGAGUUUAAAUGUUGAUGUUAGUAUGACAGCAGAGGGUAUUAUGUUGGGCCAAUAUAUGGUUUAUAAGUAAAUGUGAAUUGUGGUCGUUGUAUUUUUACUCGUGUUUUCUUUUAUUUCUUAAUAUGAAUGUACAAAUUAUAUGUAAGAUAAUGUGUGUAAAUAAAAUUGCAAUAUAAUUAAGAAA